AUGGCAGAGGUUAAAACGUGGGCAUUUUGGAGGGCAGUUUUGGCUGAGUUCUUGGGCAUGACUAUGUUUCUCUUCAUUGGCAUCUCAGCUGCCAUAGGAGAUCAAUAUACGUCUUACCCUGACCACGAGGUGAAGGUGGCAUUGACAUUUGCCCUGGUCAUUGCUACGUUGGUUCAGUGCAUAGGUUCUACAAGUGGCGCUCACCUUAACCCUGCCAUCACUCUCGGGCUACUGGUCAGCUGCCAGAUCAGUGUCCUCAGAGCCUUCUUCUACAUCGUUGCUCAGAUGUUGGGAGCCGUGGCCGGCAGCAGCAUUGUGUAUGGUAUCCGGCCAGAAACCGUACAUUCCCUCGGCGUUAACAAGCUGAAUGGAAUCAGCCCGGGUCAAGGUUUCGCCAUCGAGUUCCUGCUCACGCUCCAGCUCAUCCUGUGCGUUAUGGCAGUCACGGAUAAAAGGCGUAACGUGCCGGGUUUUGCACCUCUGGCAAUUGGAUUGUCGGUAGGGGUGGGAAAUCUCACAGGGAUCAGCUACACAGGAUGUGGAAUCAACCCAGCUCGAUCAUUCGGGCCUGCGCUUAUCCAGGAAUCGUUUGAUGAUCACUGGGUGUAUUGGGCUGCACCGAUGAGUGCCGCUGUGAUGGCGGCUCUUCUCUAUGACUACGUGCUGCUACCCCGGCGUGAGCCGCUUGGUGUGCGGGCCAAAGUGCUGUGCUGCGGCGGCGCGGACACGGAGGCUGAGGCGCAAGAGCCUCUUCUGGAGGGUUGCAGAGAUGUAGAGUAG